UUUUAGGAGACCUAGAAAUUAUAAAUUAUGGUGCUGACUUUCUACAUCUGAAUUUAACUUUCCAGAAAUUACCCGCAUUAGCUACAAAAUUUUACUUUCAAGUACAACCUAAAGAUACAAUUGUAAAUAAAGUAUGUGUGAAUGAAACUCUACCCACAAUUGUGUGCACAUUACACAUAAAUGAGAGUACAUCUGGGUAUUUGUACAUAAACUUUGAAUCCAGCAAUAAUGAACUGUGUUGUAAAUAUUUACUAUUUUCAUUAUACUAUAUAAAGCGGCAUACAUACAGAGAACCUAAGGAUAUAUACCGUGAAUUAAAAAUAGACAUGAAAAAAGAAUGUAUUGAAUCAAUACAAACCGAUUCAUUAGUCAUUAAAGAAAUUACAAAAAAGGACUCAGAAAAAGGAGAUUCACAAAAAUCCCAAAAGAUUUCGGAGCCCACUGUAAUAUAUAAUGAACGGAAAUUUUCACAUGAAUGUACAAGACAAUUUGAAGGCAACCAGGAUAGUUUGAAUAUGUACCACCGUCUAAAUUACGGUUCGAAAACAGAUUUAAUACUUUUACAAGUAUUACCACACUAUUCCUUGAAAGUAAACAUCGGUUUGUACCAUUUUGACAAUAACACCAAAUUUAUAUGUAGCGAAACAUUAAAAGCGAGUGGAAAUAAAAAUGAAAGUAAUACAGAAGAGGUUAAAACAAUAUUUGUAAAUUUUACGAAAAUAAAUGCUGAAAAUAACAGUGAUAAAGAAUAUAUACAGUAUUAUGAGAAUAUGACCUACGAUAUAACGUGUAAAGGUAUACAUUCAAGGUGGUUAUUAUUAAACAAAGAUAACAUGGUCCUACAAAUUCGUGAAGAAUUACGUAUUAAUUUAAACUUUAAUUUCAACAGCAACUAUUCAAGGCUUAUUUGCAUUGAAUACGAAUGCAAAAAUUUUAGAGAUAUAAACACAACAGUAUGUACGAGGAGAGUACGAAGAGAUUUAAACUUUCUGUCUUACAAGUAUCAAUCCAAUGAUAACAAUUGUAAUCCAGGCAGUGGUUCAAUAAUCGCAUAUAUCGUGUUGGUUGGAAUAAUACUGAUUCUUCUAUAUUUUGUUCUUUGUCGGAAAUUCAAGAAACCUCGACCUCCGAUGCCUUUGCCAGCGGAAGGAACUGAUUCGAACCAUAUUUUAUAUUCUGUAGCAUAUGAUCACGUAGUAAGACGCAGAUAAUAAAUACAAAGUGUAUUAUUACUGGUUGAUAUUUAAACGUAUUAAAUUUAUUGUAAUCUUAUUUAUGAGACGUGUAUUCAACUUUAUGCCGGAUUUGCUUCCAAGUAAGUCGUCAAAUAAAAAGCCGUACAUUGCAGUUAAGUUAUUUGAUAGUAGAUAAAUACUAAAUAGCUGGUAUAGUAAA